ACUGGCCUGUAGUAGCUGCGGACAUGGCUAACUGUGGAUUGUUGCAUUAUGUAGAUUUAAAUUUGAGAAUGAUCUAAAGCUGGAAUCGCUGUUCUAGUGUUCACGCGAGGGGUAUCACAGAAAAAUGACUCGCACAGUGUCAUCGAAUAUUUAGGAAUUAAUGAAACUGAAAAAGCGGAAGAGUCUGUGCGCGCAGUGCGUAAAUAUGCCCGCCAAGGUCUCAAAGAAGGUCGUGGGCAUGAUCGUACGAAGCCGAAAAUUCAUUAUUAAGGAUGGGGUCAUUACGAGUUCUGGUAUUGGAGAGGCAAGUGUGUACCAUGCUCUGGUUGUAAUAUUUUUGGAAUUUUUUGCAUGGGGUUUAUUAACCAUGCCUGUUAUCUCUGUAUUGAAUAUCACAUUUCCAAAUCAUACGUUCCUGAUGAAUGGCUUGAUAAUGGGCAUUAAAGGAAUCUUGUCAUUUCUUUCCGCGCCAUUGAUCGGCGCUUUGUCCGAUGUGUGGGGACGAAAGUUCUUUCUACUUAUCACAGUAGCCUUCACGUGUGCGCCGAUUCCUCUAAUGAGCAUUAACACAUGGUGGUUCUUUGCUAUGAUCUCCAUCAGCGGUGUCUUUGCUUGCACAUUUUCAGUGGUAUUUGCAUAUGUUGCCGAUGUUACGGAAGAACAUCAAAGAUCUCCGGCAUAUGGUAUGGUAUCAGCAACUUUUGCUGCAAGUAUGGUAAUAAGUCCAGCAUUAGGAGAUUAUAUCAUGAAAGUGUAUGGAGAAAAUCUUGUAGUUGCAUUAGCAACCGCCAUUGCAGUGUUGGAUGUGUUUUUUAUAUUAGUGGCUGUACCUGAAAGUUUGCCUGAAAAAGCUCGUCCACCAGUACCUAUAUCUUGGGAGCAGGCAGAUCCUUUUGCUUACCUUGGAAAGGUUGGCAAAGAUCACACUAUCUUAAUGUUGUGUAUUACUGUGUUCCUGAGUUAUCUUCCCGAAGCAGGACAAUAUAGUUGUAUAUUUGUCUAUUUGACUAAAGUUAUGGGGUUCACUGCUGUGAUGGUAGCAAUUUUUAUUGCUGUGGUAGGAAUCUUAAGUGUUGGAGCUCAAAGUCUCUUGGGUCCCUUAAUAAGGACGCUCGGCAGUAAACAUACUAUAAUGUUAGGCCUCUUAUUUGAGAUGUUACAACUUAUGUGGUUCGGAUUUGGUUCACAAACAUGGAUGAUGUGGGCUGCUGGAGUGCUUGCUUCUGUGUCAAGCAUUACAUAUCCUGCUAUUUCUGCAUUCAUAUCCAUGCAUUCUGAUGCUGACAAGCAGGGUUUGGUACAGGGUAUGGUAACUGGAAUGCGUGGAUUAUGUAAUGGUCUUGGCCCAGCAAUGUUUGGAGUAAUCUUUUAUCUAUUUCGCGUUGAUCUCAACGAUAAUUCACCCCUUCCCGCUAAGCCAUCUCUUUUAGAUGAAAAUAAUAACACAGGAACUGCCACACAACAUCCUGAUAUCAUACCACAACUAGUAACCCAGCUUGUACCAGGACCACCAUUUGUGUUUGGUGCAUUACUUGUGAUAUGUGCAUUACUCGUAGCUGCAUUUAUACCCGAAUCAAGUACAAUGCCAACAGGACCGUUGCAUCAUCCAACCACCUCCCGGAGGCCCUCCGGUAAAUACGCAUAUCAGAAAUGUUUAUCCUUGGAUGUACAUUAUGAGGCAGACAAAUUGAGUAACGAGAAAGGAAAAAUAGGACCGCUGUCACCUCUAGUCGACAAUUGUAACUCUGCUGCUCUAUAGCUAUUGUCAAAAUUCAAACAGGACACAGCAAAAAAGAGGGAUAUGUAUCCUUGCCCAGUGACGAAACUCUAUGUUUAGAGAAACAAUCGUUACUAUCAAGUGCACCUACUUCACAAGAACUUUUGAGAAAGCUGUCUAUAUUGUAUUAUACUACGUCUUUAAGUCAAUAACUUAAGUUUGAUUUUUAGGUUCAUGAAGUUUUUAUUACGAGCAGUGCUUGUUUUAUGAGGUGUAGAUUGAGCUGACAAUUGAUUUCAAUUUGUUUAGGUGUUUCGUUACAUGAAAAAUUUGAUUUUCUUUUUUACUACUAAAAAAUGAGAU